UUUCCUGAUACGUCAAAGACUCCAUAUAUAUAUAUAUGGAGUCUUUGACGGAUCAGGAAAAAAACUAAUUAUUUCGUUCUAGACAUGAGUUCCAGGUUAUUAAGGCUGGGAUUACAUUUCCUUCCUGCUCGGAUACAAGGGUCCAGUCAAGGAGCAUCAGCAUGGAGAAAACAUUAUUCUGUUCAAAGUGCAGCUCUCGAGCAGGUCGUAGCAGCUUUCCGCUCGGUCAGUGGUGAUGACGGUGUGUCUACGGGUUUGGCAGUGCGACAACAGCACGGGAAAGACGAGUCGGUACAUAGAUGUCACCCCCCAGACAUUGUAGUGUUCCCUCAGUGUGUGGAGGAGGUCAGUGAGCUAGCCAAAAUCUGCUACCGUCACCAAUUACCCAUCAUCCCUUUUGGCACAGGAACGGGUAUGGAAGGAGGAGUGAAUGCUGUGAAGGGUGGUGUGUGUUUCAGUCUCAGGAAGAUGGACCAGGUGCUGGAUUUGCACCCAGAGGAUUUUGAUGUGACCGUGGAGCCUGGCAUCACACGCAAAGGACUCAAUUCCUAUUUGCGUGACACAGGCCUGUGGUUUCCUGUGGACCCUGGUGCUGAUGCGUCUCUUUGCGGCAUGGCUGCCACCAGUGCGUCAGGCACUAACGCUGUGCGCUACGGUACCAUGCGUGAGAACAUCCUUAAUCUGGAGGUGGUGCUGGCGGAUGGGACGGUCAUACACACGGCAGGCAAGGGACGGCGCACAAGAAAGACAGCGGCAGGUUAUAACUUGACAAACCUGUUUGUGGGCUCUGAGGGGACAUUGGGGAUCCUGACCAAAGCCACUCUCCGGCUUUAUGGCAUUCCGGAGUCCGUGGUGUCGGCUGUCUGCUCUUUCCCCUCGGUUCAGGCAGCCGUGGACAGCACGGUGCAGGUGCUGCAGGCCGGGGUGCCCAUCGCUCGCAUCGAGUUCCUGGACGAUGUGAUGAUCAGUGCCUGUAACCGCUUCAACUCUCUGUCCUACCCGGUCCUGCCUACGCUCUUCCUCGAGUUCCACGGCAGUUCAAGGAGUCUUGAAGAGCAGGUGUCUAUCACAGAGGCAAUUGCAAGGGAGAACAGUGGCUCGGACUUCACCUGGGCUGAGGAUGAAGACACACGUUCACAGUUAUGGAAAGCUCGCCAUCAUGCCUGGUACGCCGCAAAGGCACUGCGGCCGGGCUGUGAGGUGUACUGCACGGACGUAUGUGUGCCAAUCUCCCAUCUGCCUCAGGUCAUCAUGGAAACCAAAGAUGACAUAAUCAGAAACAAUCUUACAGGUCCAAUUGCAGGUCAUGUGGGAGAUGGGAACUUCCACUGUUUCAUGGUGUUUGACCCUGAUGAAGUGCAGAGUGUCCAUGAAUUCUUAGCUAGACUGGCCAGGAGGGCUCUGUUGGUUCACGGGACGUGUACAGGAGAACACGGUGUGGGUUUGGGGAAAAGGGCUGUGCUGCGGGAGGAGUUGUGCCCUAUGACCAUGAAGGUGAUGCAGGACCUCAAAGCCACACUGGAUCCCAAAAACCUCAUGAACCCUGGGAAAAUCCUGUAGGUGACCUUUCAGUGUGUGCUCAGAAGCAGAGUGUACAUCACGUCAUCUCAAAUGCUAGAUUACUAGUGUAGUGUUCUUGAUCAAACAUUAAAACACAUCAGGAUGGUUCUCAUAAGACUUGAUGGUUGUUUAUUGUGAGGUGUUCAUACUGCGGUCUUCUCUGUGGCUGAGACUGUGUGACUGUGUGUGUAUUACCCAUAAUCAAAUCAGGUAGGAUCCCUGUCACAUGGCAUUUGCUGAUUGAUUGAUUGAUUGAUAUAAAUGGCAGGGAGUCGAUUUGACUUUUAAAGGAUUAACUAUAUAUAGCAGUGAAUGAUUUUAGCCUUUAAGACAGCGAGUCAAUUCAGCUUUCAAACGACUCACUAAAAUUGGCAUUGACAUUGGCACAGUUUAGCCUUUAAAUGGAUCACUGUGGAUGACGGUGACUCAGUUUAGCCUGUACAUGAUGGCAAGGAGUCCAUUCAGCCUUGAAAUAAUUAAAGCUACAGAUGACCGUGAGUUAAUUUAGCCUUUAAAGGAUUUACUAUAAAUGCCAAUGAAACCAUUCACGUUUGAAAAGAUUCAGUAUAAACGGCAGUGAAUCAAUUCAACUUUGAAAAGAUUCAUUAUAAACGGCCGUCAGUCCGUUUAGCCUUUAAUGGAUGACAUAAUGAAAUAAGUCAUAAUGUACACAUUUAAGCAUUGUUUAAACUACAAUAAAUCACUUUAAAUGUUUUAUGACAACUUUGUGAAUGGCGCAUGGUUUGGAUAAAUGUUUAAAUGUAAAAUUUAUGUCUGGAAUGUAUACAUUUCUGGAAAGCUGAUUUGUGACUGUGUCCAUUGUUAAGAGCUCUAUACAAAUAAAACUGAAUUGAAUUGGAAGAA